CUGUUCGAGUUUAUCUCUCCAUCGAUAAGAAGAAGUCUUUGUUUUCUGACCCAACUUGGAUACAGAUAUGCUUUGCUCUAACAAUAUUCCAUUUGCCCUCAUCCACAUAAGCAACUCCCCACCAGCUUCUGAUCGGUAGCCCGUGAGCUCACCUCUUCUUCCUCCGAGCACAGAGCCAGCCAUGGAGCAAGCAAGGUAUUGGAUGAUAACGAGUAGGAAUCUGAACGAGAUGCCGUUCCUUAGCUCUCGGAUCCCUCCGCUUGGUGUCAGCUCUUCGUACGAUGCCGAGUCAUGGGAAGAACAGGCGUUCGCCAGAGACUCCGCAGGAGAUUUAGGAAGCUGCGUAUGGCCUCCCAGGUCGUAUUCGUGCAGCUUCUGCGGGCGAGAGUUCCGAUCAGCUCAAGCACUCGGUGGCCACAUGAACGUGCACCGGAGGGAUCGCGCCAUGCUCAAACACUCUCCGAGCCUCGAUUCCUGCACACCAACAGGCGCGGCAUGUCCGCCUCCGAUCGCCUCUCUGGAUCAGAGAGCUCUUGUCAACCCUAACCCUAAUUCAUCGUCUAUCUCUACUAGGGUUCCUGCUGCUGCAUCCAGACUGGAGUGGAAGGAACGCGACUCCAUAUCUCCCUUGUACUCCUCGUCUGUUGUCGGGGGGAACCGAAAGCGAUCGCUCUUCUCCACAACUCCAACCAGCACCGAAUCAGCAACUCUACAGCUAUUCUCUCUCCCAGAACUAAAUCUGCACAAGAGGAAUUCUCAAAGGUGGAAAGAUGAGGACGAUAGCGAUGACUACAACAGAUGCUGCAAGAGAGUUAGGAGAACCGACUCAGUGCAUCCCUUCCGUGUUCGACCAUCUUCUUCGGGGGAGACGCAACCGCUGCACCCUGAGGUCCUCAAACAUGAUCAUGGCCCCGUUGAAGAGUUGGAUCUUGAGCUUAGGCUUGGAGACAGCCCUCAGGUUAAACCUUUGUGCUUGGAUGAAGAUAGAUAGAUAAAUACAUAUCUUUCCCUCUUUGGUUCUUCCCAUCUUCCUUCACCAAAAUUUCUCGGAAUUGAUCUUGGAGUUUCUCGAAUGGAUGCCAUACGCUAGAAUGGUGUUACAACAACAUGUAGAAGAAGAAGAAAGAUGUCUCCAAAUAUUAAUUGUGUUGAUUUGCUCAGUAUAGCGCUCUGAAAAUUGUACCAAAACAGAUGGCAUUUGCACUACUGGUGAUUUCUCGUUCUUGACAAUAUGCUAUCACUUGCUUGCACA